CAAUUUAAAAAGAAGCCAUAUAUUCAUACAGUAACAGCCUGGCUAAUCUAAACUUUUUUUUUUUGUCAGCGUUAAACCUCAUUAUUAUCAAUUGGCAGGUUUUUUAUGGUAUCUACUAUUGCAAUUAAAUCUUAUUAUUUGGUAGAAAUUAGGAGCACACUAUCAAAUUACAAAGUAAGAGUGCUAUCAAUCUAAACUAUUAACUAAGAAAAAACAUUGUUACUUUCUACUUGUUUUACAGAAUUUGUAAAUUUAGUUACUUACAAAUUUUCAAAGUGUAAACUAUCUAAUAAAAUUUAACCACUAUUUAAAAAUAAUAUACUGUUUACAUUAAUUGUGUUAUACUCCACUCUUUCUUACAAAAUGGUGUUGCUUAUACGUUGGUUUGUUUACAGAGCCUUAUCCUGUAUCAAACUUAAUUGCAUGGGAUCUCUGAUCCCUGUUUUAAAUAUCAGCUUAAUAAGGAGAUUAAAUGCAAUUGUGUUGUAAAAUCAUUGUCUGACAAACAGAGCCAGAAAACAAAGUCCUUGGUAUCCACAGAACCACAGCAAUUCAGCCUUCCCCAUAAUGUUUUCCAAUACCUCAACUGCAUGCUGGGGUAACUACCUCAUGGGUUCGGUGAGUCAUUCACUGUGAACCUGAGCAGAUGCGCCUGCUGGCACAACAGGAAGAAAGCUGGUGGCAGCGGUCCCCAGUGAAAGGCACCAAUGGGUGACAGACCCAUGUGGGAACAGAGAAGAUACUCUGCCACCUGCUGAGGAGAUACUGGUGUUCCUAUGUCCUUGAUCUGUAUAUAAUUAGUAUUAUUGGCAUUAGUGAACCUAAGAUGACUUCAAGCUGAAAUGCUGUGGCAAAAUUUUACUUAAAAUUUAUCAGUUGAUAGAUUAAAUAUAUACACAAAAUAACAAUAUAACUAUAAACUUCAUCUGUAACUGAAAUGGUGACGUACUAUGGCCUGAACAAUAGGCCCUGAACCAAGGCUGACCUCUAGGUGAGUCUUACAACCCAACAAUAUAUAUAUCUAAUAUGCAUAGUAUUGAUCACCUAUGCAAUGCAUUAUCUACUUUAGUAUGAAUAUAUAUAUUUUGAAGGCAAUGUAUAAAACCUUUGUUGUAAUGCUUAUUCUGUAAUAGUAACCCGCAGAGUGAUCCUCCUUUAUUUAGAGACACGUUGCAAGGCUGUGAAAUCAGACGUGUGGCCUUGUUGAGAAAUAUGUGGUCAAAGCUAAAAUAGAUAGAUACACUCCCUUGGCUCCUCCUUGAGCCGUGGCCUGGCUUGGGCGGAAUCCAAUGGGGAGGGUGACACCAGAUGUUUCCGCACUUGAUGUUUUGCAAGAUGUUUAUUCAACUAUAUAAAAGCUGGACCCUCUUGCAGUGACUUUGGAGACCUCACCUACGAGUGGAUGCAGUGCAUAGGACCUCCCACUUCCUGGGACAGGUUCUCCAAAUCCUUGCUGCAACUGGGGCUCCCCAGUGAUUGCAGAUCUGGAUGAUGAUGACAGUCAUGUCCCAUUCUAAGGAUCUCAAGGACGACUUCCACAGUGACACUGUGCUUUCCAUUUUAAACGAACAGCGGAUUCGGGGCAUUUUAUGUGAUGUCACCAUCAUUGUGGAAGAUACCAAAUUUAAAGCUCAUAGUAAUGUGCUGGCAGCUUCAAGCCUUUACUUUAAAAACAUUUUCUGGAGUCGUACUAUCUGUAUUUCAGGUCAUGUUUUGGAGUUAGAUGAUCUCAAAGCUGAAGUGUUUACAGAAAUACUGAAUUACAUCUACAGUUCCACAGUAGUUGUCAAGAGGCAGGAGACUGUAACAGAUCUUGCAGCUGCAGGGAAAAAACUGGGAAUAUCAUUCCUAGAAGAUCUUACAGAUGUUAAUUUUUCAAGUUCCCCCUGCCCUUAUGCAUACUGUGUUAAUGACAAAGGGACUGUCAAAGAGGAAAAACAUGAAAAGAGACAUGAAGACUCCUCUGUGACAAAUGGACCACGUAUUACAAAUGCAUUCUCAAUCUUUGAAACAGAAAACAGUUUGUUUUCUCCGCUUGAUUUGAGGGCAAGCUUUAAAAAGGUAUCUGAGACAAUACAAGCUCCGAGCAUCAGCCUUGACAGAAGCGAUGUCUGCAAAGAUGCUGAGCCAGCCAGUACACUGGCUGAACACUCUUAUGCAGUUUCUUCUGGGGGAGACACUUUUCAAGGACCACCCUUUCUUGAGCAGGACAGGAGCCCUUCAUACAAGGUGGGUGAAGACCACUACGAAAAUGUCCAAGCCACACCACUUGUUCAGCCAGGAAAACAAACGUGUAAUACUCCUAAAACAGCUUUUAAGCCCCAAGGUACUGGUUUGGCUAUAGCAAAAGUACCUGCCUCUACAGUAACCACUACAGAAGCCCAACAAGAAGCAGUUACUGAGCAGACAAUUACUUCCCUUCCAAAACCUCAGAAUAAAGCAGGAGAUUUGAAUUUAUCCAGAGAAGAGGAAAACAAUUCUGCUAACGCCUCUGGGUCUGUAGCGACUGUUGUUCCGCCCGUUUACAAUUGUAACUCUUGUGCAGAAUCAUUCAAUGACAGGGCGUUAUUGACUACUCAUCUUCAACUCCAUUCAGAGCAUCAGGAAACUUUCGUAUGCAAAUACUGCAGCAAACAAUUUGCAAAUCUAAAUAUACUGGAAAGCCAUGAACAAGUCUGCAUGAGAUCAAGUGGCUUACCAGUUCAUAAUGGAAACGAACAAAAUUUAGAGGAUAACUAUACUGCUGCGGAUGGAAGGAAUGGAAGUUCAUAUGCAAAUGCAGAGCCUCUAUUGUCUGAGAACAGCAUCACUGAUUAUUCUAAUGCAAACCGCACUUUACCAGAAACAGAUCAUUUGGUUAAAGUCGUUGAUGGGCAGAUAUUAUAUACUUGCGUUGUCUGCAAGCGUAGCUAUGUAACGUUGUCUAGCCUUCGAAGACAUGCAAAUGUGCAUUCAUGGAGAAGAACAUAUCCUUGUCACUACUGCAAUAAAGUAUUCGCAUUAGCUGAGUAUCGCACCAGACAUGAGAUCUGGCACACUGGGGAAAGACGGUAUCAGUGCAUUUUCUGUCUGGAGACUUUUAUGACUUACUAUAUACUGAAAAAUCAUCAGAAGUCUUUCCAUGCAAUUGACCAUCGCCUCUCAGUUAAUAAAAAGACAGCCAACGGAGGCUUAAAACCAAGUAUGUACCCAUACAAACUUUAUCGACUCUUACCUAUGAAAUGCAGGCGACUGCCUUAUAAGUCUUACCGAAAUUCUUCAUAUGAAAAUGUUCAAACAAGUAGCCAAGUUAAUGAAACUGCUUCUACUAACUGUUUCAUUCAGAGUUCUCUUAGCUCUGAGCUACCACCACUGAACUUUCAACAUAAUAUAAUAGCAACAAACAGAACUCUUGCUUUGGAUACAUCUUCAUGUAAUGAUGCAGCAGCUUCCACGAACACUCAGAAUUCUUCCUCUUGGGGAGUAGGGAUCUUAAAUUCUGACCUGCAAAGAGACUUUUUCACAGCUGAAAAAAGAGUUUCCACUACUGCAAGUGACUCUGCUACUCAGGAGUGUGAUUCCUCAGUUGUGUCUUUAACUAAUGUGACUGAAAACUCAACCUCUGUCAUCAGUUACAGCAGUUCUGCCCCCUCUGUUAUAAUGCACAGUAGCAGAGUUUCAUCAGUUAUAAUGCACAGUAAAACAAUUACUUCUGUAGAAAACAGUAAGACACAAUCUUCAAAUAAUCUACCUAGUCAGUCUGUAAAUGAUGAUUGUAAAUAUGGGUCAGAUAAUUCUGGGAAGUGCAUUACAAAAUCAAAAACUAUUAAGGAUAAAAAGAAAACACUGCUGUACAACAGAGCAGAAGCAACUGAGGAUUCACAGCACAUCACAGGAUCUGGAGGGUCAUCUAGCAAAACAACAAAUACUGUCCAAGAAUCGAGUAAAACUGAAACAUAUAUUGCAAAGCCUGCCCUACCUGGAACAUCUACUGACAGCAAUGUUGCACCUCUUUGUCAAAUAACGGUAAAAAUUGGUAAUGAGGCUAUUGUAAAAAGACAUAUAUUAGGAUCUAAGCUGUUUUGUAAAAGGGGCCGAAAAUCUAAACAUGAGUCCAAACAGGACAAUCUAAAUGAGGAAUCAGAAAUGGAGGUGAAAGAAAGAAGCCCAUCUAGGCUUUAUAGCUCAGAAUGCCUGGAGCCUACAGAAAUGUGUGAUGAUGUAAGUGACCAGGACUCCAGCGAUAAACCCUGGAGACCCUAUUAUAAUUACAAACCAAAAAAGAAAUCCAAACAGCUAAGAAAAAUGAAAAAGACCAAAUGGAGGAAAAAGCAUGGAAGCAAGAACACAAUUAUGGAAAGCCACAACACGAGCAGUAAAGAGUACGCACUCAGGAAUGCUCCUGAAGAAAAGGCAGUCAGUCAAGAAGAGAACACAGAAAUGCCUAAUCUUCCUUGUGAGCUCUGUGAAGGAGAUCAGUCUUCCACUGCAGAAAGUCAAGAGCAUGUACACUGGCAUGGAGCUGCCUCAAAGCCUUACGUCUGUGAAUUAUGCCAAAAGCAAUUUCAAAGUCCAUCCACUUUAAAAAUGCAUAUGAGGUGUCACACUGGGGAAAAGCCCUACACUUGCAAAACCUGUGGUAAAUGUUUCUCAGUCCCUGGAAAUCUACAGAAACACGAACGUAUUCACCUGGGUGUCAAAGACUUUGUCUGCCAAUACUGUAAUAAGGCAUUCACUUUAAAUGAAACGCUCAAAAUACAUGAAAGAAUUCAUACUGGAGAAAAACGCUAUCACUGUCAGUUCUGCUUUCAGAGCUUCUUGUACCUUUCUACCAAAAGGAACCAUGAGCAAAGGCAUGUACGUGAGCAUAAUGGCAAAGGAUAUGCUUGCUUUCAGUGCCCCAAAAUUUGCAAGACAGCAGCUGCGCUGGGAAUGCACCAGAAGAAGCACCUAUUCAGAAGUCCAGGUCCACAGGACAGAAAGGAACAGUUUGGCAAUGAAAGCACUAAACUUUUGGAAAAUCCUCAUUUCCUUGGUUCAGAAGGAAGUGAGGUAAAAAAUACACAAAAUGUAACUCCAGAAGUUAUACUCUGAGUGACAGUUGUGAAGAAGAGAAAUUCAAACUAUAUACUGGAGAAAAUAUGGAUACAUUGAAAGGGGAAACAUUUCCAAUCAGAACCAUUUACUAAGGUCAAAUACUUCUCUAAACAUGUCAGUAUAUGCAAAAGAAAGAAGAAUAACAGAAAAGAAAAACUAGUAUUUGCAAUAAUACAAACUUAAUAUGAAAGGCCCCAAAUUCUUUUGCCGCAAUCAACUUCUAAUAUAGAGAGAGAGAGAGAGAAAGAAAAAGAAUAUGACCAACCACAGUCCUGCUGCUUAGCAUUACAGAAAACUAGUCACUGAACUAUUUUACAGUGCUGUUUUUGGGUCAGAAUCGUUCUAGGCAAAAUAAAUAUGUAGGUUCACAGUGUACUCUGUAGAAGGAGUUAUUGCUGCAGAAACCAUAUAUUGCAUUUUUAAACAAAAAAUAUUAUGUUUAUAAACAAAGUAAUUGUAAUCUAGUGUAUUCUAAAGUGAAGGUGGGAAGUGUUUCAUGAAGUUGGGUAUGCUGAAGUACAGUUGAGUUCUGGCGUGCUUUUCUGUAGCUCAACCUUUACAAAACAUAUGCAGGGGUUUAAACCUCUUUUCCUUUCAUUUUUGUAGUUACCAUAAUAACCAUUAAGUCUUGAGUGCUUGUGUAGAAAGUAUUCUGGAUUUAUGAUAUCUCUCAGACAUGUAAUAAAGAUUAAGUAAAAUUCGCAAUAGCCAGUCUUCCAAACUGCAUAAAUCCCCAUAUCAAUGGCCUGGUAGAGCUAUUCAGGUGCACCUAAGAAAAUUGCUCUCAUGAAACAACCUAGUGAAAAGAAAUCCUAUAUGUAAGCAUCCACCUCCUGGUGGGUCUGCAAAUCCUUUUACGAAUGUCAUUAUACUUGGCAGAGGAGGAGAUUUAGACAUUAGGCUUCCUCCUCAUCCUGGAAUAAUGCCUGGAUAACAAACAACAGAGCAACUCACCAUAAAUACUUUUAUUUUUGGGAAGGGUAUGUAAAUACUCAGAUACUUGCUUCCAUAUAUAUCCCUGAAGCAAAUUCUGUGUAUGAAAAGGGAUAGGGCCAGCUUAUGGGGCUUCCUGUCAUUCCCAUGCCUUAAUUACAACAUCUCACUUUCACACGUCCCUUCUUGGUUAAAUCCCAAACCACGCCUGCACCUGGCUGCAGGCAGGCUCCCUGUCACAGCAUCCCUUUGCUCAACAGAGUGGGCGAAUAGCACAGAGGUGCCUGGCAUGGGUUGAUGGAGGAAGAGAUGUUGGUUCUUCAUCCUUCCUCAUCCUGCCACACACCAAAGGGUUAGCUUCAGAGUUUGCUAAGAGUUGGGAGAGUAGGUUUCUGAAAGACAUCACUGAAAUACUGCAAGUAGUAUUAUUUUGUGCAGAUGUGAUUAACUGUGAUUAAAACAAACAAAAAACAACAAAGGGUGUAUGUCUAGAAAUUGCAUUUUAUAUGAUAGGGCUCUGUUGUAAUGUACCUGCAUUUCCAGUUAGUCAUGUAUGUUCAUCUCUGUGAAGUGUUAAAAAAUUAAGUCAGAACAAAGGUUAGUGAUCCUCGACUUCAUUCUACAUGCAGAUAUGGUACACAGUUUGUUUACUUACUUUGUCUUCUUGAAUACUUUAAAAGAAACUAUAGGGGUACAAUAAAACUACAAUUGAAAUGGUAAUACAGUAUUGAUUGAAGUAAUAAUGUAGUCCACUUAUUUAUUCUGUCAUUGGUGAAUGCUGUGAACCCCUUGAGAAAUUGUGGGUUCGUGGCAGCUUUGGUUCCAUUUAAAUAAGGAUAAUAGAAGAAUAAACACAGGAAAGUAUGACGAUGUUUUAAAGGAAGUACACAGAGAUAUCUGCAAAGUGGACUUGUAUGAUGAUAAUUAUAGACCAAAGCAAAUAAGGUAGAAUAUUUAUAAAUAUAAAGAGAAUUUUACAAAUAUUUUAUAUAACUGUAUAGUUCAUAAGAAAAAUAUUGAUAGCUUGUGUUAGGUUUGGGGGGUUUGUAUAUUUUGAUAAAAACACAAUGACUUUGUAACUCUGUAUAUUCUCUACAGUUUAUAGCAAAGCAGUUUUAAGAUGGCAAUGUCAUGUUUAUAGUUCAAUUGUGGCACUUUUAUUACAAGUAACAUGUUGCAGUAAUGAGUCAAGUAUUAAUGACCAAAUUAGAAUUAAAGUAAGUGUAAGAGAAGGUAAACUAUAUGUUGUCAAAGACUGUCAUUUGCUACAUAAUCGCAUCUGUAUUUUUGUUUAGAAGAAAAUAUUAAAUGCAGAUGUUAAGGAUUGAUAAAGAGUCUAAUUUUAUUUUUAGAAAGAGUGAUUAUAACUCUGUUUUUGCUUAAUUAAAAUAACAUCUUCCUCUU